UUUGAACCCAAGUCGUCUGCGAUCGGGUUGGUUCUGUCUCGGAGGCCGAAUCCUUCACCGCUCCCAACCGAGGAUCUGGAAUGGGGCACCGAAUCCCCCGUUCAUGACGGCGACAACAACCACUCGUCCGCAGUGAGACGUCCAGACAAGAUAGUCAAGUGGCUCGAGCCGGGCGUCCAAUGAAGCAGAGCUCAUUUCCAUCAACAAGAAACGCGUGGCGUGUAGCAUGCCGAAUCAUCGGGUGCCCCCAGCAUGCAAUCAUCCUCGCGAGGGAGAGAGGGGUUGCACGAAGAACUCGAGGCUUCGGAUUUCGCGCCAAUGUUGGUGCGACCCCAAGAGCAAAUCCUCGGAUGAGACAUUCCCACAUCGUAUAAUACGCACCGAGGCUAGUCUGUCAAGAGGAGCGCCGCCUUCCCCCCCCCCAAAAUGCACAACAUUGACAACUUGGUGUGGACUCGCCCAAGCCGUCCGGAUUCCUGGAAUCAACAUGUCUCAGAAGCACCAAACACCGGGUUCAGGGUUUCAUGGCGGCCUAGCGAAGAACGCUGACGGGUUGGACCGACACAAGGACCACUCCUUAUUUGAUAUUAGGCUUUUGCUGCCAACCCGCAUGUCGCGCUGCAUUCCACGCAGAAACGCUCCUCAAAGAAGAAGCAGGAGGAAGAGGGAGAGAAAGAAAAAAAAAAACCCCCCAUAGGCUUAUCUCUCCCUCCGCUCGGAACGACGACGACCCGAGCAGCGGCCCCGCAUUCCAUCGCACCUCGAUCACGCUCCGAACUUGUACCUGAACAACCUCAACUAGAGAGUGGACGCUACUCGCCGACGACAAUGGCACCAGGCGUCGCCCGGUACACAAUCCUCGCCUUCGGGCUCUCCUCCUUCAUCGCGGGCGUCAGCUCCCUGCUGCGCCCGUCCGGGGCGCUCGCGU